CCCUAGAGCGAGGUUGAAUUUCCGAAUCGGACCGAGAGAGAGAGGGCGGGUAUGAAACCCUAGAGCCAGCUUCGAAGCUUUCUCUCUUCGUCGCAAUACGUCUCUCCCUGGCUGGGCGCUGUUCCCCCACCGUUUUUCGACAUGGUCAAGUACGCGAGGGACCCGGUGAAUGCCACCAAGGCCUGCAAGGCCAGAGGUUCCGAUUUGCGAGUGCACUUCAAGAACACUAGGGAAGCAGCGCAAGCUAUCAAACAUAUGGAGUUGGCCAAGGCUAAGCGGUACCUUGAAGAUGUGUGUGCUCACAAGCAGGCUAUCCCCUUCCGCAGGUUCUGUGGUGGUGUUGGGCGUACUGCACAGGCUAAGGCACGCCAUUCCAAUGGACAGGGACGUUGGCCCGUGAAGUCAGCUACCUUUUUGCUGGAUUUGCUGAAGAAUGCCGAGAGCAAUGCGGAGGUCAAGGGUCUUGAUGUAGACUCUCUCGUUGUCUCUCAUAUUCAAGUCAACCAGGCGCAAAAGCAGCGUAGACGUACUUACCGUGCCCACGGACGUAUCAACCCUUACAUGUCCUCUCCUUGCCACAUUGAAUUGAUUCUUUCUGAGAAGGAGGCGCCAGUGAAAAAAGAGGUUGAAGAGGUUUCUGCACCACGGUCAAACAAGAGAGACCAAGGACGCCUGCGCUCUGGCACUACAUCUGCUACUGCUUAGACGUACUGGUUACUGUUGACAGUUCUACUUUAGGCUUUGCUGAGCGUUCGAAAUUUUUUCAUCCACCUUGGAUUGGUGAAGGUUUUGAAGCCUGAAUUACCCUUCAGGGUGCACGCUUUGAGAUGAUUUUGUUGAACUUGUGUUGUCCUGUUCCAUUAUAUAUGCGCUGCAGAUUUCAUAAUUGGGCCGCCUUAUUUUC